AUGGCGACACACACAUCUCCCCUCAAAAAUGUACUCGUGACUGGAGGGGCUGGCUACAUUGGUGCAAUUUUACCAUGCUCACACGUCGUCUAUGUCCUCCAAAAAACAAGGCAAUACAAGGUUAUAUCGAUAGACAACAAUCAUAAUUCCAACCCGGCAGCCCUCGACCGUGUAUCUCAGCUUUCAAAAAGCGAACUGCCUGCGGACGCUACGGAGAUAGAUAUCCAAAGCACUGAAAUUGAUUCGCACAAGUGUGAUCUCACCCAACCAGACCAAGUUAGAGCUGUGUUUGAGGCUUAUGGCAAAGGUGGCAUUUGGGGAGUGGUUCAUAUCGCUGUAAGCAGCCUCUCUCAUGUCCCAAAGACCAAUACUUCAUGUCCCUUUUCCUUCUCAAAGGCCUACAAGGCUGUUGGAGAAUCCUCAGAGAUCCCCCUGACGUACUACGCAAACAACGUGGCAGCCUCUGUAUCACUAUUGCAAAUAAUGGCGGAAUAUGACUGCCAUCGCAUUGUAUACUCUUCUUCGGCGACUGUCUACGGGACACCUCCCAUUAUACCCAUUCCCGAAACGACGCAAAUGCAUGCCUACAGUCCUUACGGAAGGACAAAAAUUAUGGUGGAACAUAUCAUAGAGGAUCUGUGUCACUCGGAUAGAAAGUGGCGGGCUGUAUCUUUACGUUAUUUCAACCCAGCUGGUGCCCACCCGUCUGGUCAAAUUGGCGAGGAUCCGCGCGGUAGGCCCGGAAAUCUCCUCCCCCUUCUGGCCCACAUGGCCGUUGGUCGUGUUAAGGAUGCGACUCUCAAAGUUUUCGCAAAUGAUUACCCAACCCCAGAUGGGACGUGUGUUAGGGAUUAUCUACACGUACUCGACCUUGCGUCUGGUCACCUGUUGGCAUUGAAUGCACUCGGACCGGAUUCCAACGUUUUCGACCCUGAAGCCACCGACUUCUACAAGGCAUAUAACCUUGGAAAGGGCAAGGGGAUGAGUGUCCUUCAAAUUGUUGAAGCAAUGCGGAAGGCCACUGGAUUUGACUACAAAUACGAGAUCGUCGGUCGGCGGCGUGGAGACGUGCCUGACCUGACUGCCGACCCAUCCCUUGCUCAGAAGGAGCUCGGAUUCACCGCGCCGCAGGAUCUAGAGACCAUGUGCAGGGACUUGUGGAACUGGCAAACCAAAAAUCCUUUUGGAUAUGGUGAAUGCUACUGA